AUGGUCAUUGCCGGACCAGCAGCAGCGGCUCUCGACUCCCUUGAUCCUUCCCAACGAGAAUUCAUUCAGAGCCUCCCCAAAGCCGAACUUCAUGCUCAUUUGAAUGGUUGUCUACCGCUCUCUUUACUCCAAGAUAUGGCCUCCCAAUACAUAUCUGACGCGGCCCAAACCAAAAUCGUCGAAGAGGGCAUUGCAAAGCUGCAAAAGGGCAUUAUUCUAGACGAAAUACACGACUUCUUUGGGCUCUUUCCCGCGAUCUACGCCCUCACAUCCAACACCACAAACAUGAGGAGAGCAACUCGUGCUGUUCUCGGUCAAUUUCUUGAUGGUACCAAACCAUGGUGCUCUUACCUCGAGCUGCGAAGUACCCCUCGACAGACCGAGGAGAUGACACGGAAGGAGUACUUGCAUGCAGUUUUGGACGAAGUCGAGCAAUAUCCGUCACACAAAGCAGCUUUUAUCGUCAGUCUAGACAGAAGGAUGGGUGUGGAGGAACUGAAGGAGUGCGUGGACCUUGCGUGCUCGCUGAAAUCGGAAGGAAGACGCGUCGUUGGCAUCGAUCUUUGCGGCGAUCCGAGAGCAGGCGACAUGAAAAUCCUUGAAGAAUACCUCGACAUGGCGAAAACAGCUGGUUUGUUGAUAACGCUUCACAUUGCGGAGACAGCUGAGAACAGCUACGAAGAAACAAAACAGCUUUUAUCUUACCAACCUAAUCGUCUUGGACAUGCUACAUUCCUGGACGACGAAGCCAAAACUCUUGUCCGCGAGAGCAAAAUGUGUAUCGAAAUUUGUCUCUCUUCGAAUAUACUAUGCAAAACAGUUCCUCGUCUUGAAGACCAUCACAUACGCUAUUACAUCCAACACGACCAUCCCGUUGUUAUCUGCACUGACGACACGCUUCCGUUUCGGACGAGUUUGGAGGGAGAGUAUGCGCUUUUGUUGGCUCUCCCGCCCUUGGGGCUUGGGCUGACCGAAGUUGAACGUCCAGACUUACUCCCUUCUUUCCUUUCCCUCAUGAACUCUGCUGUUGUUUCUGGCUUGCAUGCACGGGCUGGUCCCGUUCCAGAAUCUGUCAUCGUUUUCGAUGUCUUGACUGUGAUCGCAUUCAUUAUCCUCAUACUCAGUGUCACUGUUGCUCGGCUUUCGGGCAUUCAAAGGGUGAAGACUUGGUACCUGCUACAGCUCUCAAGUGCAUUUUGCUGCUUGUCAUUCCUCUUCCUUGUUGGGCAUCAGACCGGCCCGGAGCCACCUUUACAAUUUUGUGCAUUUUCGGCUGCCUUGAUCUAUGCUGCCCCACCAAUGGUUGCAGCCGCAGCUCUCUGCUUUGUGAUUGAGUUAUAUCUGCGACUGUCCUCUGCACUUUACUCCAAGAAAAUAAGUGAUAUCUUGGUUGAUAGGAUAACCUGGAGUAUUCCGAUGAUUCAUGGUUGGGCUAUCUGAUGAUGCUCAAAAGAUUAAACGGGAUCCUACUGGUGUUUAUUGUCAUGUCAUUACUAGCAAAAUUCCGUAAGUAAAUUUUCAACUGGAGAAUAAUUCUAAGCUGACCCUACAUGACUAGGACUUUGACUACUGGUUCAAUUGUAUUUGUGUCUAUAUUAGCUAUGCUUAUUAUGGAGGGUAUAUUAUAAUUUUUUCUUAUAUAAUAUCAAAUGCUGAUAUUCUAACAAGGCUAUAUGACCUUUCAACUCAUCCGACAACGAGCUGCACUCCGUGCUAUGAAUCUAAAAAACUCUGAUUUCAAGUUUCCACUUCAUUUGUUUAUUCGAGUGUCACUCUACACAAUUGCUGGAGCCUUUGCUAUGGUGUGAGUAUUCAACUUCUAGUUAUAAAAUCUAAAUAUAACAUUUUGGCCCCUUAGAACAGUUGUCAUAAUGAAUCUUACUACAACAGUUGAAGUCACACUUCUUACAAUCAGUAUGUAUAACCUCACUAUUAUCAUAUCUCAAGUAGCUGAUAUUUAUUAGUUCCACUUUCAGUUGCAAUAGUAUUUGGAACCCAGAAGGUAAGAUAUUUUCUUUUUAAGCAACUACUGGAUUGAUUCAUUUCUCUAGGAGCUGUGGUCUGCACUCUUGCCUUGUGUACAUAGACUCAAGAGAAGAAAAGGUACUUCAGCAGACUUGGAGAAGAUCUCAGAUAGAAGUUUAGUGUAA